GGAGUGAUUGCAACGUAUCUGGGCAGCUCCAACACUUGUUUUCAUUUUUUUCUGAGGCAUUAAGCUGCAAUUGUUUUGUAUGCAGCUGUAAGGACCUGGCAGUCGGUUCCUCACUUUGAAGUGCGCUGCUCCAGCCUGUCGGCUCAGUUGGUGUUGGAGUCGCCUACAGGAGAGAUCUACCGUGCGGCAUGGCAGCCUGAAACCAUAGGGAGGAGAAAAGGAGGAGGGAGAAAAGCGGUAUUUUUUUCCUCUGGAGUGCAUUUUUCUCUCCGUAAACCGACUCAAACCUGAACGGACUGUAUGUGUGCGCGUCGCGGAGACGAGUACUGUGGAUUAUACGCGUUUUUUGUGGAUAAAAAACAACAACUGGAGUUUAAUUUGAGGAGAGAACUCGUGGAUCGAUGAGAGAAGACGGGCAGCCAGAGAGAAGCUCCCCCGCUGACAUAAGAGAGUGAGGAGAUUACAGUAGAAGCUCAGAGGAGGCGAACAGCACACUCUCUCCUGCUGCCUCCACAGCCAUGAGCCGGGCGCUUAUGGCCCAUAUCGCCAGCAGUUUCCGAGAAGAUGCUCCUCGACCCCCGGUGCCGGGGGAGGAGGGCGAGGCGCCCUGCUACCCCGGCAAACUCGCGAUGAUGAGACCCGUGGAACCCCCCAAAUCGUUUUUUCUCGGCUCUCCGGGAUCUUCCGCACGGAGGAACGAGGACGGUCUAGGGGAGCCAGAGGGAAGUGCCUCCCCGGAUUCACCGCUUUCUCGGUGGACAAAGUCUUUGCACUCACUCCUCGGGGACCAGGACGGUGCGCUUCUUUUUAGGACAUUCCUGGAGCGAGAGAAAUGUGUCGAUACUUUAGACUUUUGGUUCGCCUGCAAUGGAUUCAGGCAAAUGGACCUCAAGGAUACCAAAACGCAGAGAGUCGCCAAAGCUAUUUACAAGCGCUACAUCGAAAACAACAGCAUUGUCGCCAAACAGCUCAAGCCCGCGACUAAGACCUUCAUACGGGAUAAUAUCAAGAAGCUACACAUAGACUCUGCGAUGUUCGACCAGGCGCAGACGGAGAUCCAAACCAACAUGGAGGAGAAUGCGUACCAGAUGUUUCUAACCUCUGACAUUUACCUCGAGUACGUGAGGACUGGGGGAGAAAACCCGAAUCACGUCAGCUCGAACGGGCUGGGUGACCUGAAAGUUGUUUGUGGAUACCUGCCCACGCUCAAUGAAGAGGAGGAGUGGAGUUGUGAUUUCAAAGCCAAAGCUCUCGUUGGACUGUCAGCAAAGUCGCAAAGGUCCAGUGUGUCCAUGAGGGCGGUGGAGGUGAUGGAGAGACCAUACAAGAGAGGAGACCCGAUCAACCCCUGCCAUGCCGGCUCUUUCGCCCCCGUCAGCAGCACCAACGACAGCGAGGUGUCCAGCGACGCCUUGACGGACGACGCCAUGUCCGUGACCGACAGUAGUGUGUAA